AUUUUAUUCUGACAUUCAAGAAUCAUUUAUGGAGUACAGAAAUGGCUGCUUGACGCAUUGAGAUAUUUAGAUAUUUGGUUAGGACAAAAGAAUAAAAAAAAAAUAUGAACUCGAAUUUUUUAUCGAGAGCAUUGUGCUUUCACGGGCAGCCAAUGCAAAAAAUAUGGGAGGAUGAAAGAGGCACAGGUGACUUACAAAACUGCGGUCUGCCAGCAGAAAUCAAUUAUUCCAUCUAUCAAGAACGGCAGAAGCACUUUACUUUUCAGGACCGUGCCAAACGAUUGAAAUUACAUCAGUUUUUUGCUAAAAAGGCUACGGAUUUGUAUGAUAACGAAUUGACACCGGAUCCCAGCAAGGCAAACAAUAAUGAAAAUGCAGAAAAAGCCAAGUCUUAUGCAGCUGUAUUGCCACCAUAUGAAGUUUUCGUCAAUAAGCAUAAGGAUAAAGUAAGAAGAUGGCGUUGCAUUUUGGAUGCCAUUAAGCCUGGUGACCUGAUAUAUGUGGCAAUCACAAAGGCACCUAAACCAGGUUCUGCUAUAAAAGUGCAACCAUUAUGCACUGCACCACCUUUGGUUCGUCAUCUGGAUGAUAUACCAACAAAGGCUUUCCUGCAACAAGUUAGUACAGCAAAAUUACCGUUGGAUGAACACGGCAAGCCGCGCUGUUUUGCUGUUAACGACCACGUGUAUUGUGAAGUUUUGGAAAUUUCAGUGGAUGCUGAUCGCUUGCUAUUAGGAAUAGAAAACGUUUUUCCUAAGAACGGUAAUGUGCGUUUAGGUUUGGUUAACGCACAUAAUUUGCCGAGCUAUUACAAAAAGUCUAUAAAACGAGUUUCAGAUAAUUAUGAAGAAAAUUUGUUAAAAUCGAGUGAAGCACAAAAUCCUAAUUACGAUGUACUAUUUGAAAUGAAUGGUUUAGAUGUGGAUGAUAACUUCUCGUUAAUGAGCUCUUUAAAAUACGGAUUUCAGAAAAAAGAUUAUGCUAAGGAACUACGCCAAGCUCAAGCAUAUAAAUGGGCUUUUCGUUCCGUUGCUGAAGGUAUUGAUUACUUCAAGCAAGGUAAACAACUGGAAGCAUUUCAAUGCCUUAAUAAGGCAUUAAUAAUUGAUCCAAGAAAUGAGGAAGGACUCGUUGCUCGAGGUGCACUUUAUGCAAAUAAAGGCAGUUUUUUGAAAGCAAUCGAGGACUUCGACAGUGCAAUGAAAAUAAAGCCAGAACAUGCUAAUGCACGUAAAUACAUGGGCGAAACUUUAGUAGCACUUGGCCACAGCUAUAAGGAAGAUAAUCGUCUGGAGGAAGCAAUAAAAGCUUAUACCGACUGUUUAAAUCUCAUACCCAACCAUGAACAAGCACGCUUAUCUUUGGAAGCCAUACAAAAAAGCCGUAACAGUGGGCAGAUAUUCGAUAAUAUUUUGAAUAUACCAGGUAUGUCGCGGCCAGUAAAGCAUGAUUCAACAGAAGAUGAAAGUUCAACAGAUUCUGACAGUGAAUCAUCUGUAGAAUGUGCAGCACCAAGUAAGGAAACUUCAGUUUCUCCGUUUAGCAAACGCAGCAGUAUGGAUAUGAAUACUUGUACCAAACAACAGUACAAGCAGCCCUUUUAUAUGGCAGCACAGAGUACCUUGCCACCUAAUACGAUGUUGCGAAACGAUUUAAAUGACUUUAAGCUUGACGAUGACGACACUGAGUCACUUGUGCGUAAGCUACUGUUAAAAACU